CCCACCCGCGUCUCUCCGUGAAGGUUGAAAGCUUCUCAGCCGCCGCCAUUUCAGUCUCCGACCGACGGCGCGAACAGCAGCAGCAGCAGCAAGCGGGCGCCAUGACGGAGUACAAGCUGGCGGUGGUGGGCGCUGAAGGCGUUGGCAAGAGCGCCCUCACCAUCCGGCUCGCCCACAACCACUUUGUGGACGACUACGACCCCACCAUCGGGGACUCGUACCCGAAGCAGCGGGUGGUGGUCGAUGGCGAGACCUGUCUGCUGGACAUCCUGGACACGGCCGGGAAGCAAGAGUACAGCGACAUGCUGGAGCAGUUCAUGCACGAGGGCGAGGGCUUCCUGUGCGUCUUCGCCGUCAACAACUCCAAGUCCUUCGAGGACAUCCCCCGGUACAGGGAACAGAUCCAGCGCGUCAAGGGCUCGGAGGACGUGCCGAUGGUGCUGGUGGGGAACAAGUGCGGCGUGCCCACGCGGACCGUGGACACGAAGCAGGCGCAGGAGCUGGCGCAAGGCUACGGCAUCCCCUUCGUGGAGACCUCCGCCAAGACCCGGCAGGGCGUGGAAGAUGCCUUCUGCACCCUGGUGCGCGAGAUCCGCAAGUACAAGGAGCGCCGCGUGAGCAAAGACGUGUGCAAGAAAAGAAAGAAAUCGAAGAGGAGGAAGUGCCGCCUCAUGUGAAUUUCAUUUCCCCUCCCACCCGCCCCAUUCCUCCUCCCUGCCUCUCCCCUCCCUCCUCCGACGGUGACGAGAGAACGACAACCACCAGCCACCAUGUCCGGUGAAGGAGACGCGGUGCGCAACGACUCCAAAGCCGCCCACUGCAAUCUUGGGAGGGAGGGGGGAGGUGCUGCGGAGGUGGUUGUUGUGUAUUUCUCGAACGCGAGCGAGCGAGCGAAUCGGUGAGCGCGGAGGUUUGCGUUUGGUGGGAAAAAACGGGAAAAAAAACG